GUUGGACUAUACAUAGUACAGAGACGCUGCAUUGGAUCGGGGCGCUCCUGAGCGGACCUGUUUAACUUUUGUACUAAGCAGCUCUUUGAUGAGAAUUCUGGCGGGGAACUUGGUGAAAAGCUGCACGGAAUAUUGUGCUUCAUGUCAUUUUCAAAGCAUUGAGUGAGGCGCAUUGGCCGUGAAAGAUGCGUCUGCUUCAAGAUUGCCUCGUUGAAAUACAAGGAUGUAAGAUCAUCAACGAUGUUCUCUGCCAAGAACGAGAGUGUGUGGGGGGAAGCCCUGCGCAUGUAUGUCUUUGAUUUGAGGAGGGGCCGCCAAGAGGGGCAAGAGGCGGAGAAAAUAUUGUUUUUCUAUCCACGGGAGGUCUCUCUUGACCAGCAAAAGCUGAUGGUGGGGCUGAGCGAGGGCUUGUUAACAUUCACCAAACUGUUUUCUCCGGACCAACCGUGCGAAGCCCUGUACACUGAAAAGCACAGGCACAUCUUCUUUGAAUGUGAACCCAGCGUGUGGAUGGUCCUGGUGGUCAAGCGAGGGAGCCCUGGGGGUGUGGACCCCACACUUCGGGAUGAUGCUCUGAGGGCUGUCCUCCAAGAAGCUUACAGAAUAUUUGUAUUUUUUAAUGGCGACUUUGAGAACCUGCUCGCGAGGGAUCCCUCUGGCGCUGCACUUCGCCAGCUGCUGGACCGGACACUGUCAGACCACCUGCACAAUCUGCUGGGUGGCAAGCGGGGGCAGCAUCUCCCGAGCCUCGGCACCGGCCUUUCUGAGCGGGGUUGCCUCGCGCAUCUCCCAGUGGAUAGACACACCAGCCUGAGCGUCCAGUCGCUUUUUGGGCUGGUCCAGACCGCACAGUACCAAGGGGGGCCGUCAUUGAAUAGCAUGCUACUGUACAGCGGACUCUGCGUCGCGUCUACCCUUCAAGCUAGCGAUGCUGCAACUCUCCAGUGGUACAUACGCAACUACAUAGCGACUUCCUCCCGGCGGUCGUCCCUCCCCUCCGCCAUGCCCCCUGUGUCAAGCGCGUCCACAGGCUUCAAAGCCGGCGUGCGCUCACUGUUUUCCAACAUGACGGGCGGGGGCAGUGCCGCAGCAGCGCACCGUAGUGCAAGCCAGAACUCGCUCCAGGGCACCCCCGACAGCAGCAGGCCCGCGUCGCCAGGACCAAGCGGAGAACCCGUCUCCGAUGCGGAGAGCAUUCCAAGCCGGGAGGGCCUGACGGCCCAAUGCGAGCCGUCCACGUCAGGACAAGUCCGGCCCCUGCGUGGUGCUUCCUGGUGGCGACAGGCGGACGGCUGGAUGGUUACGGACGCUUGGCGAGGGGGCGUGCAACCGUCCGUGUAUUUGGAAGGGGGUCGCAAGCGAGCGUGGCUACACAUAUACCAGCAAAGUGGCCUCAUGCUUGUCCUCUUACUCCCUGUUGACAACCAGCUGACCAGCCUCCUCCCGCCUCCGCUUCUCGAGAAGAUCACUGCUCGGUUGAGGUCUUUGGAAGCUGUCGUCGCUAACCAGUUUGGGGGGCCAAACGGAACGCAUGUGCCAGGCUACCGUUACCUCUACGUGGACCGCUCUACUGAGAAGAUGCAAGCGUCCCCCGCGGGAAAGGCUGGGACUCUAGCGAAGGAGUCGCUUGCCGCCUUAAACCAAAUCCGAGGAGAAAAGGAUGAGGAGAAAGCCUCGGCGAAAUUAAGUCCCAGCAUCCCGGAAUCGAGCACCGAGGUCUACUUGCGCGCCCAAAACAACGCCUGGGUCGUCGUGAAAAAGACGGAUACACACGAGUUGUAUGUGGUCUUGGAAAGGGUCAGUGAGACUCUAGUGGCAGCAAGUGAGAUGAUGGAUCGCUUCGAUACAGACAUUUUGGGAGGACUGUUUCAAGGAGGCUAAUAGGAUGGUUCAUAAGAAUUCGUGUACGCCCCUGCCG